GCCAACUGCAGAUGAAGAAUGUGAGACUGCCACUGCUUUCCGAGCACCUGUCGGGCUCAUGACAGCAUCCGGCCCGUUUCGGCAGACUUCCACUUGCAGUGUUGGGAGCAAUUGCACACUAGAGCUGUCGGGCAUCUAUCUGCAGGAAGGUGAUGCGAUGAUCGUGAUUGAGGGUGCUUGUGAGAACUCUGCCGGAAACAUAAACGAUUUCAUGUCGCUGAAGCAGCCCUUUUACUUCCAAAGAAGUGGAGAGGCACUGCAGGUGUCCAUGGGAAAGCUGCCCAAAUCAACAAUCGCUGCAACUUACAGGCUCUGCUGGUGCCCGAGGCUUCAUGGUUGCACAUCUGCUUCGUCCUUCCGGGCAGCAUCUGGCCAGCUACAGAUUGACUGUCCAAAGGGACGUUUCUUUACAGCUGCACGAUGUGCUGCAUGUGGCCGCGGCUUCUAUUGUCCCGGGGGUAGCCCAGGGUCCGCGACAAGAUUUCCUUGCCCCGAGCAUGAGACCACACUGCAGCGAAGUGCCUCCGCAGCUUCUGACUGCGCGUGCAUGGCUGGCUACUUUCUGGAUUCUGGAACUUGCAGUGCCUGUGCCAGAGGAUUCUACAAAGCUGAUGUGGGGAAUGCUUUUGCCUGCAUUGCCUGUCCUGAGAAUCUGACAACUCUUCUCAGCGGUUCCGUGUCCAGUUCCUCGUGUAUUUCUCCUCUUGCAGAGGAGGGAGGCUCCAGCGUAGUGGACUUGAAUACAGCAGCCGGCCUCAGCAAUGCUUCAGAUGUAGCAACCAUGUUGUCAGAUUUACCAUCAGUUGUGGUCAUGCUGAAGUUUACAUCGGCGGCCGAGGCCAACCGCUCCGUACAGGAGACGGACGUGAGCGUGCUUGUGGGUGACAUGAGCGAUGCGGUCCGGCUUGCUGAGGACUUGUCCGACUUCACCAUCGAAGUGACCUCAGUUCCCGAGGUGUCGUCGGUGACAAUCAUCUGCCCAGAGUUUUCAGCCAGGCCUCCUGGUGUCCCGAUCGUGAGUGCAAGCGAUUGCCUCUGCUUGCCGGGCUACGGCUUCGAUGCACAGACUGGAACAUGUGGACUGUGUCCCCCGGGUGAGUUUAAAUCUGCACUGGCAGAUACAGAAUGCGACAAAUGUGAGACACCGAAAUCGACUGUUCAGCGUGGUGCCAUUUCGGUGCAUCAGUGCGUUUGCGGGGCUGGAUUGUACGACCAUGAGGGAGACUGCCGCAGUUGCGAGAUCGGCUUUUUCUGCGACGGCUCGGGCAUUGCACUUCCAUGUCCAGCGAACUCAACUACGAUCUCUGAAGGAUCGCGGUCUAUGUUAGAGUCUCUCUGUAUAGCCGGACAUGAGGCUGGCCUUGAUGCAGGAAUUUGUGAGCCGUGCCCAUCGGGAAGGUACAAGCCGAGCGUGGGCAGCGGAGUCUGCUUCCUGACGUGCCCGGCGAAUGCAGACAGCAGUCCAGGCUCCACGCAAGUGGAUGAUUGCUACUGUUUGCGCGGGCAUGUGGCAGAGACGGACACGAAAGGCCAGUUAUCUCGCUGUGCUUCCUGUGCUCUUUUCAGUGGCUUGGUGUGCUCCGGUGGUUUUGCUGUGGGCACGAGGAAGCACACCCAGCCGCGAGCCAUCGCGGGCUGGUUCCAAACUGGCAGCACGCUGGCUGUCCAAUGCCACGUUGUUUCUCCCAAUGGAGAGAGCGCCUGUACUGGCGGCUCUUCGCAGUGCCAGCAUGAUCCAACUCUUGCAGGUUGCAGCAGACGCUUCGGAAACCAAUGCGCCGUUGGAUCUGCAGGUAUGAUGUGUGGGGAGUGUCCGGAGGGUUGGGGCAGAGGCACCCUCUUGGAAUACUGCCAGCCCUGCCCUCCGGGCGAGGGUGCCUGGUUGCUCGCUGCUUCCGUCCUGGCAGACCUCACGCGAAUCACCGGAUUGAACUUCGUGCUUACUGUUCUCGCGGCGAAAGGUUCGGGAAGCUCCCUAAAGCUCCAUACCUGCAUGAUACGCAUGGUCCAGGCCUGGAUUGGAGCAUGCCAGAUCUUGCUGGCCUUUAAUCUGGAUCGUUUGCAGCCCUUCCCGUGGUCUGAGGAAGAAGCGCAGGUGAACUGCGAUGGGGAGUGCGGCGAAAUUCUACGCUUUGCGUGGCCUCAAGCGAUGUCCGAUGCUAUGCGUGGAGCGUUUUCUUUAAUAGCAGUCAUUCCUCGAGCGAGUGUCCCUUUCGCGGCUGAGUGCCAAUCCGAGACCUGGUCGAGCGACAAGGACAUAAAGCGGAGUGCGCCGGUAUUGUACUACCUGUGCUUGCCGGUGCUGACUCUUCUCGGAACACUUUUCCUCUCAGCCCUUGUGGUAUACGCCGUGCUGCCGCUGGGAAAGAUGCUGGGGCUCCAUUUCAAUGAUUCCCGGCCGCACAGGAGAACAGAAGCCGACAGCAAGGAGGCCAAGAAGCAAGCAGCUCUAAAGGCAGUGCGAGGCCAGUUGAAGCUCAUGCAGCAGGACCUUGUCGAGAGCCCUCAGGGCGAGGGUACCGAGUCGGCCCCGGGUCGUGUACUGCAAGAGUUCCCGCAAAAAGUCUGGGACAAGGUCGACUUGGACGAGGUCCCAGAUGUCGUUCUCGCUGGAGGCAUAGAAGACGAUCGGCUUCGGGCAUCGGAUGGCUUGAUCUCCGAGAAAGACCUGCGCCGGCUGGAACCCUUCUCCUUUUGUGGUGUUUUGUGCCUCUUGAAUUUUGCAGCCAUCCUCCGGCUGCGCAGCGAACUGGACUCCAACACAGCUGAUGCUGGGUCUGAUCGGCAUGCCUGCACAUUCUCAGUGUCAACUUCCAAGCAUUGCUUCAACGAGCAACCGAACUGCAUCGGCAGAGCCGUGGUCAGCACGCGCGCCUCAGCGAAUGCUUCGCCAAGCCGUGUGUUCGUUUUCUCAUGUCCAUCUGCUGGAGAUCAGCCGCUCCUGCUAUGCCGCGAUGCCUUCGUUAAGACGGCCGUCCUCGGUGCCCUCGCGUGGAAGAUGCGAGGAGAGCUUGAGGCAGAAGCUGAGCGCAGAGGCUUCCCAAAGGCAGACUUUGUCGUGGAGGUGUCCCGCGCCGCAAAGUCUGUCGGCGAGCUCGUCGACUUGCAAGGUGAAUGCGGACGUUCGCUGCUGAAGCGCGCUUGCCGUCAAAUGCGGCUCCGGGAGUCGGAGCUCGCGGCAGAGGUCCAAGGGAGCGCGGCAAGGCUGGACCUCGCGCUCUUCACAUCCUGGCCUGCGCCGAUGGCGCUGCUGAAGCAAAGCGUUCCGGUGGUUUGGCUGACACAGCUUGCCUUGUGGCCAGACCUGAUGUCCCAGUUCUUGCAGAUGGUUCGAUGCAUCUCGGUACGCGAAGAUCGGGAGGGGCCGGUGGUGGUGCAGCGCCUGCAUGCACAUCCCGACGUGGAGUGCUGGCAGGAGGAGCACUGGACACUCUUCGCCAUUGGCGUCAGUGGCCUGGUGCUAUGGUGCUUCGGCAUCCCGCUUGCCUUGUUCUUUCGAAUUUGGGCCCUCACGGAUCGGCAGGAGCCAGAGAACCGCCGCCUUUUCGGUUAUUUCAUUCAAGGCCUAGAGCCCAGGUUCUGGUAUUGGGAGCUGGUGGUAAAGCGUCUUGACAUCGGCCUCAUGUUGCUGAUCGCGUCCACAUCCGUUACCACCGACGACAAGGCAAAGCUUUUGCUCUUUGCCUUAAACUCGGGCAUACAACUAGCCGUAACGGCCUGGCUGAAGUCGUAUGCCAACUCGCAAGCAGAAAUUUUGGACUUCUUGGAAUGCCUGCUGCUCGGUGCACGCUUUGUGCUCUUCACCACCGUUGCAGUGCUGCUGAUCUUCUUCCCACCCGCAGAGAGCAUCUGG